CUCUCUCUCGCUCGCUCUCUUGCAAAGUCCGUGACAGUGUUGCCAUCUCAUAAAAGAAAUUGAGAGAGAGUAGAGUUGAACAGCUCUGUGCAAUGACCACCUUAGGAGCGUGGGACUAUGCCAUCCUGGCCGUGGUCCUGAUCAUAUCGAUAGCAAUUGGUGUCUACUAUCGAUUCGUGGACAACAAACAGCACAAUACUACGGCAUAUUUUCUGGCUGAUCGUUCCAUGGGCGUAACGCCAGUAGCGUUCAGCUUGAUGGCCAGCUUCAUGUCGGCGGUAACAAUACUCGGCGUUUCCAUGGAGAUCUAUCAGUAUGGCACCAUGUUCGUCAUCAUCAAUAUCUCUUAUGUGCUCUCGACGCCCGUUGCCGCUUAUCUGAUACUUCCGGUAUUUUAUCAGCUGAAAACGGCCAGUGUCUAUGAGUAUCUGGAGCUGCGCUUUGGCUAUGCCACGCGUUUGGUGGCCUCGAUGGCCUUCUCGCUGCAGAUGAUACUCUACAUGGGCAUUGUGGUGUUUGCCCCGGCUCUGGCGCUGGAGGCAGUCACGGGUCUCAAUCAGAUCUUCUCGGUGCUGAUUGUUGGCAUCGUCUGCACCAUUUAUGCAACCAUGGGUGGCAUGAAGGCGGUACUCAUGACCGAUAUAUACCAGUCGAUCCUGAUGUUUGUUGCCGUCUUCAGCGUGAUCAUCUGUACGGGCAUCAAGGCGGGUAGCUUCGACAUCGUUUGGAAUACAGCGCUAGAGAAUGGCCGCAUCGACUUUACCAACUUCAGCAUUGAUCCAACUGCUCGACACACCUGGUUCACACAGGUGCUAGGCGGCAGCGCCACCUAUCUGACCCUGUACGGUGUGAAUCAAGCGCAAGUACAACGUCUGCUGGCCGUUCGCAAUCUGCGAUCCGCGCGCGCCGCUCUCUGGUGGUGUUUGCCCAUAUUGUGCCUGCUAAGCAUCAGCACCUGCUUCUCGGGCUUAUGCAUCUAUUGGUAUUAUCGCAACUGUGAUCCGCUGCUGGCUGGACGCGUCAGCUCUCGGGAUCAGAUUAUGCCGCUCUUUGUGGUGGACACCAUGGGUGAAUAUACAGGACUGGCGGGUCUCUUUGUGUCUGGCAUAUUUUGUGCCAGCUUGUCCACCAUCAGCACGGCCAUCAGUUCGCUGGCUGCUGUCACGCUGGAGGAUUAUCUAAAGCCGCUGGUGCAUAGCUGUACGAAGCGCACGCUCACCGACCACCAGACCAUGUGGUAUUCCAAGCUGUUGUCUGUCUUCUUCGGUGCCCUCUGCAUAGGCAUGGCAUUCUUGGCUGGCUCCAUUGGUGGACUGCUGCAGGCGGCUCUCUCCAUCUUUGGCAUCAUUGGCGGCCCCCUCUUGGGCCUCUUUACGCUGGGCAUGUACGUGACGUCGGCCAAUCAAAAAGGCGCCAUUGGCGGCCUGCUACUGUCGCUCGCCGUUUCCUUUUGGAUUGGCUUCGGCCAGCCAAAGCCACCGAUACCCAGCCUGGACAUGUCCAUUGCCGGCUGCCCAGCCGAUCGCAGCUACGCCAGCGACAUACUGCUGCUGCAAGCGAACGCUGCCCACUUUAGAGAGAGCCCUGAGCCAGAAUCCUCGUACUUUUAUCUGUACCGCAUUAGCUACAUGUGGUAUGCACCACUCGGCUUUCUCAUUGCCUUCUUCGGUGGCUGGCUGCUCUCGUACUGCAUGGCGGCGUUCAAGUGGGACAACAAUCGACGCAUCUACCAUGACGCCGAUUGCACGCUGAUCAAGCACGAUCUGUUUGUGCCGCCCAUAGCCAAGCACUUGCAGCGCCGCCAAAUGCCACGCCUAGUCGUGACCAGCACCACCAGCAGCGGCAGUGGCAGUGGCAGCGCUACCUGUAGCAACAGAAGCAGCUACAGCAGCAAGGAGCCCAAGUCCGACUGGCAGCACACGACAGCGGACAAGCAACAUACGCAAAUCUAAUUUAUUGAACUCUUUUCAUU